AUGGCCCCGCGCGCCCGGCGGCGCCGCCCGCUGCCCUCGCUGCUCGCGCUCUGCGCGCUCCUCGGCCCGCUGCAGGUGACUUUUCAGAUCACCCCUCCGUGUGCCAGCGAGAGGCAUUACGAGCGUUUUGGACGGUGCUGCAGCAAAUGUGAGCCAGGGACAUAUAUGUCCUCCAAGUGCACUGUCACCUCGGACAGCGUGUGCCUGCCCUGUGGCCGGGAUGAAUACCUAGACACCUGGAACGAAGAAGAAAAAUGCUUGCUGCAUAAAGUUUGCGAUACAGGCAAGGCCCUGGUGGCGGUGGAUACCGGCAACCGGACAGCCCCGCGGCGCUGCGCCUGUACGGCCGGCUACCACUGGAGCGAGGACUGCGACUGCUGCCGCCGCAACACAGAGUGCGCGCCCGGCUUCGGCGCCCGGCACCCGGUGCAGCUCAACAAAGACACGGUGUGUGAGCCCUGCCUUGCAGGCUAUUUCUCUGAGGCCUCUUCUUCCGCAGAAAAAUGCAAACCCUGGACCAACUGUACGAGUCUCGGAGCAACCGAAGCACGUCGUGGAACCGAUAAAUCAGAUGUGGUUUGUAGUUCUCCUCUGAAGUCUGAAAAACUCCCAAACGAGCCCCCCGUUUACUUGCCCAGUUUAGUCAUCCUGCUUCUCUUUGUAUCCGUGGCCCUGGUUGCGGCCGUCAUCUCUGGAAUUUACUACAGGAAGAAAGGGAAAGCACUAACAGCUAAUUUGUGGCGCUGGGUCAAUGAGGCAUGCGGCCGCCUAAGUGGAAAUAAGCAGGAAUCGGCGGACAGCGCUUUCAGCAGCCCUCCCACAGACGCCUCUCGCCAGCACGAAUGUCGCGACGGCACCCUACUGCUGACCCUGGAGGAGAAGAGGUUUGCUGAGGACCUGUGCUGUCCCGACGGCAAUGGCGGCGGGGCCUGCGGGGGCGCCUGUGAGGGCGGCGGGCCCUGCGCGCGCGCAGAAGAUGCCAGGCUGCUCACCGUGGUCAGCGAGACGGAGGGGGACCCCUUCAAGCAGAUGCCCAUGGAAGACGAGUACGUGGACAGGCCCUCCCAGACCCCAGACUCUCUGCUGUCGCUCGCUCAGCCGGGGAGCAAGUCCGCGCCCCCUUUCCCCGAGCCACUGGAAGUUGGGGAGAACGACAGUCUGAGCCAGUGCUUCACGGGGGCAGAGAGCCUGGCCGACUCCGACAGCUGCCCCCUGGCCGAGGCCCCGGGCAGGACGGAUUGGACUCUCUUGUCCUCCGAAAAGUACUUGCAGAAAGAAGUGGAGGGCGGCAACUGCCCCCACUGGGCAGCCUUCAGCUCGGCCGACGGCUGCGCAGGCUGCAGGAACCCUCCUGGGGAGGAACCGGAGCCCCUCCUGGGUUCCCCCUGCAGCGGACACUUGCCCCAGUGCGCCUAUGGCACGGGCCUUCUGCCAGAAGAGGCCGGGGACGCCGCUGAAGCCAGGCCCCCCAGCUCCAGCCGGGGAGACCCAGGGUCUGGGAGCCCCUCCAGUGACCAGCCACCUGCAUCUGGGAAUGUGACUGGAAACAGUAACUCCACGUUUAUUUCCAGCGGGCAGGUGAUGAAUUUCAAGGGCGACAUCAUCGUGGUCUACGUCAGUCAGAACUCCCAGGAGGGCCCGGCAGGGCCGGGCGGCGGCGCAGGGGAGCCGGUGGGCCACCCGGUGCAGGAGGAGAGCCCGCCCUGCUGUGACUCGUUCGCGGGGCUCGGGCCCCGCUUCCCGGAAGCGGGCGGCGUCCCGGAGCCCGACAAGGCUUCGCGGCCCGUGCAGGAGCAGGGCGAGGCCGAUGCUCGUGCGCCCGGGGCGCAGCGCUGA